GUAGCAGCGGCGGCGCUCGGCGCGGGCAGGUCUGCCUGCUGCCCGGUCCCAUUUGUUGCCGAGUCCGGCUCGGAGCGGCAGCGGCGCGCGGAGCUCCCGGGAGCCCGGCGGGGCAGCCGCACAGCCACGACGGAGCAGCCGCGGGACUGGCCGCCCCGCGCCCCCUUCGCCGCCGUGCCCUUCCCCGGCGCGCUCACCCCCUUCUCAGGAUGGGAUUGUAGCGGCGGCGCGGACUCAGCGGGGAUCGCGGCGGAGGAGGCGGCGGCGGCGGCCGAUCGGGGCUCCAUGUUUUCCCCCGGCCAGGAGGAGCACUGCACCCCCAAUAAGGAGCCAGUGAAAUACGGGGAGCUGGUGGUACUGGGGUACAAUGGUGCUCUACCUAAUGGAGACCGAGGCCGGAGAAAAAGCAGAUUCGCUCUCUAUAAGCGGCCAAAGGCGAAUGGAGUCAAACCCAGCACGGUCCAUGUGAUAUCCACGCCACAGGCCUCCAAGGCUAUCAGCUGCAAAGGUCAACACAGUAUAUCGUACACUCUGUCAAGGAAUCAGACUGUGGUGGUGGAGUACACACAUGAUAAAGAUACGGAUAUGUUUCAGGUGGGCAGAUCAACAGAAAGCCCUAUCGACUUCGUUGUUACAGACACAAUUUCUGGCAGUCAGAACAACGAUGAGGCCCAGAUUACACAGAGCACCAUAUCCAGGUUUGCCUGCAGGAUUGUCUGCGACAGAAACGAACCUUACACAGCACGGAUAUUCGCAGCCGGAUUUGACUCUUCCAAAAACAUAUUUCUUGGAGAAAAGGCAGCAAAAUGGAAAAACCCUGAUGGCCACAUGGAUGGGCUCACUACAAAUGGCGUCCUUGUGAUGCAUCCCCGAGGGGGCUUCACUGAGGAGUCCCAGCCUGGGGUCUGGCGUGAGAUCUCUGUCUGUGGAGACGUGUACACCCUGCGAGAAACCAGGUCAGCCCAGCAAAGAGGAAAGCUGGUGGAAAGCGAGACCAACGUCCUGCAGGACGGCUCCCUCAUCGACCUCUGCGGGGCCACGCUUCUCUGGAGGACGGCGGACGGCCUGUUCCACGCGCCGACGCAGAAGCACAUCGAAGCCCUGCGGCAGGAGAUCAACGCCGCCCGGCCGCAGUGUCCCGUGGGGCUCAACACCUUGGCCUUCCCCAGCAUCAACAGGAAGGAGGUGGUGGAGGAGAAGCAGCCCUGGGCCUACCUCAGCUGCGGCCACGUGCACGGCUACCACAACUGGGGCCACCGGAGCGACACGGAGGCCAACGAGCGAGAGUGUCCCAUGUGCAGGACUGUGGGCCCCUAUGUUCCGCUCUGGCUCGGCUGCGAGGCGGGCUUCUAUGUCGACGCCGGACCCCCCACUCACGCUUUCACCCCCUGUGGACACGUGUGCUCAGAGAAGUCCGCGAAAUACUGGUCGCAGAUCCCGUUGCCUCACGGAACUCACGCGUUCCAUGCUGCCUGCCCUUUCUGUGCCACGCAGCUGGUUGGGGAACAGAACUGCAUCAAAUUAAUUUUCCAAGGUCCCGUGGACUGAUGUCUUUGACAGCCGUCUACGACUUGAUUAACAAGUUACUGUGAAGAUUUUGCCACUAACUGUAGAUUUUACCUUUUUAUAAUUCUGGUUAUUAAGGGGAAGAGGGGGGCCUGAGGCUGGAGGGUUGGGGGGAACGACGAGGAGGGGGGGCCCUGGCAAUGAAACAUGCCCGGAAUUUAAGAUCGCAGUGGUGUGGUGCAUGCUCCAAACAGCGGCAUUGUCCUUGAAGUAUGCUUGAUGAAACCAUCCUAUCUUUGUAAUAAUUGGAUUUCAAAUGCCAUGCUUUUACUUUAACCUUGGGGGGUUUUAAACGACGUUUUCCUUUGUAAACUUGGACGAGGCUUUAAAUCCUAUUUUACAAAUGUAGAAGAAAUGUAUUCAAAAGUUGUUGGCUCUUAAUGUGCGCCCUCCCGUGCUGCGUGGCGUAGGUGGUACCGGCGAGCCGUGCAGUGCCUACAAACACUUGACCGUGGCUGGGAGCUGCGCGGCUUCGAAUCCGCCGCUCCGUACCACGGGGGUGGCGGACAGGAGACCUUAGACACAGGGGCUCGUUCUGAAAUCGGGGGCUUUCGGAUUUUUCUUUUUGGGGGGAAAGAACAUCCCUAUGCUGCCGUCCUGUUUUUUUACUUUGGUGGAAUUCAGUGACUUUAUCCACAGUCAUCAAAUACCUUGGCAUUUCAAAGAAAUUUCCGUAACUUCUUAGUCCACUUUUUGUUAACGUCCGUGAUACUCCGCGUGCAUGGCCAGAACUGUUCAGUUGAUUAAAAUGCAGCAACUCCUAAAAAUUCAGUAAUUGAGGGUGAUUAUUGUGGCAUGGCCUAGGUACUACACCAUCGAGUUUAUUUACUUGGACUGUUUAGGAUUUAGGAUUAAAAAAAGUUUUACUUUUUAAAACCACUUGUUGGGGUUUCGUAAGUUUUUCUUAAGGCAACCAAAACUCUGGGAGCCGAAAAGCAACAGCUCACAAGGAUGCAGUCAUUUUGGUUCACUCUCUCCCUGCCAUCUGUCACCUUCUCCGGCUUAUGGAGCCCUGUAAGUUUCGAAAAUGUUUGCAAAUCAAACUAAAUUUAAAUGGGAUCAUUAGAUAUACACAACACCAAGUGGUACAUCUGCAGAGAUAAUUUGAAAUUCCUGAUUUCAAGAGAGCAAAUGAGUGUUUACUGAGGAAUAAUUAAAUCAGAAUUUCAUAUGAGCGCCACCAUCCUUCUGUUAGUUCCGUUCAUUUUGAAUAAUUCUCAGAUGCUCAUUCUUGGUCCUCGGUCCUCGUCACCGCUCCCAGAAUGUAAAGGUUCUUUAGGCCAGGAGACUGCCACAGCUGGCCGCCAUGAAGCGGAUCCUGCCACAAGCAGCAAGUAUUUAUUUAAACUGACGUCCUCUUAAGUUGACCAUUACAGAUCCAUGCUACAUUUUAACCUUUGUAAGGGUAUAGAAUUUAUAGGAUUCUCACAUACUGUAUUCAUACUUGAAUGUCUUUCCAAGUUUUGCCUACUGGUAAAUAUGUUGCCCUAUUUUCAAUUGUUCUAACACAUUGUGAAUGUCUUUUUUCCUGAAAGUGAUUAGAUUAUCUUUGCUGCUAUUUAAUUUGACCUAAUAUCUAGAAAGUUCAGCUCAGUUUUAAAAAAGCUUUACUUUUCAAAGGAGAUUAUCAUUAAGGAGGAGGCUUUGUUUUGUUUUGGUAAUUUUUAAGUGAUGUGAAAAAUCCAAAAACAGUCCUUGAUAGCUUACUCUAUUCUGUAGGUAAUUUCAUUUUGUCUUCAGGGAGAGUAAAUCAUAACGUAUCAAAUGCCUUUUUAGGUAGUCUGUCCCCAAGGAUUAGCUUUCACUUAGAGUGUCUUUUCAGUUUGUGCUCCUUUGGGCUCCACAAAAUGACAAAGGAGGCAACAGUCCCUUUUCUUGCUGUUAGGCUAGAAGGUGGUUUGAGGAGUCUUGAUACUCUAAAAGCAUCUUGUAAGGUAAAUGGCCUUGCAUCUAGAAGGGCUGGAUUUUCCCUAUCAGAAACAUUUCUGGAAAGUUACGACGAUCUGCUGUAAUCUUCCAUUUCAAGGACUAUAAUAGUUCAGGGUCUAGCAGUUUUAUGUGCAACACAUGCCCCCAAAUAAUCUUCCGACGUGAAAAGUUCUGUGUUUUUGUUUUGUUUUUUACUUUCAGUAAAUGGAGAUAACGCAGUAAAUUUGAACUUGGAGUAAUAAAUUCCAAGCUCUUGGAAGGGGGUAACGGUGCACUGCCCUCUGUCCACAUUGCAUCUCCUUCAACCUCCAAGUGAGGUCCCCUCCCACUCCACCGAAGGAACAGCAGAGAAGUCUGCAAAAAGAGGCCAUGCUCCUGUUGGCCACUUCUCGUAAGCGUUGCUUAGAAUUUGGACUAAGGAGUUUUCUCCAGAGCUGAGAGUAGUUCAUUUUGUGAGAAUAAAGAGCUCCAGCUCUAUGGAGUAAUGCAGUUUAGAAAAAACUUCUCAGAGGUUACUUCUGUUUUUGUCUUGCUUGCCCCACCACAUUAAGGGGGGGAGUCCCUUUCCUCCAGGUGUCCACAUAGGAAACUGCUGACCGAUUAUCCUGAUCUUGGCCUGGCCAAAAUGCCUUUUGUGAAGAGGUCACCAGAAGUAAAACCCCAGUGAUGUAUUCCCAUAGUUAAUUUUUUUCAGUUGUCAGUUUACUAUUUAAAAACAAAACAAAAAAAAGGUGGAUGGGAUACAACUCUGAAUAUUUUUCUAGUCUGGAAUUUUUUUUAUUAAUAAUCGGUGCUGUCGGGUCAUGCAUGCUGCAACUCAACAUUUCCCUUAUUUGGUUUCGCUUUUUGCAAAAAGGGCUACGGUUCACACUGCAGAGUAAGUAUUAAACUUUCUGGGUUUUUUAUUUUUUCCCCCAACUGUGGCCCAAAAGAAUUAAAAUCUUUUAAUAUAAAUAGAGAGCAUAUUUAUCAUUCCUCAAUAGUUAAUUAUAGAGUUUGGUACCUUUGUGCCUCAGGGAAGCCACGUGAUAUAACUGGUUAUAGAAUUUCAGGGUUAGGGUUUAAAGAAAGGAGAAAGCCAUUGGAAAAAUGAUGGGCUCCAUGAAGGAGACUAAUGAAUCUGGAUGCAGAAAUAUGCCAGGAACUGGCAUAUACAUGAUUGUAAUAGAAUUUAUUUCCAGCAUCAAUAGGGAAAUCUUAAGUUAUUGCAGAUACUGUAUUAGGAAAUUUGAGAACUCUUCAUAAAGCUUCAGUUGCUUUAUUUUUGCUUACAUAAAACUCAAACCCCUGUGUUUUGGGAGCUCAGUAGUGUGAUUUGGGUAAUUUUGACAGUUAAAGGGAGCAUGUUUUCUCCUUUUCUCAUAGGUUACAGAAUUGUUACCUGCAGGUCUAGGAUUUUGAUCAACUUUUUUGAAAGCCAUUCUGUGCUUUGGAUUCGUGUGAAAGGAUGUGUGAUCAUGGCAUUGUUCAUGCUGGCUACAAGCUAGUUAUCUUCAUGCAAUUUUGCCUUGUAACAGUGGAAUUUCUGAUAGGCAAACCACAGAACCUUGAUCUUAAGCCAGAUCCAGCUCCGUUCCCUUGGCAGGCAAUCUUCUAUCCCCAUAGUUUAGCCUUCGUGGGCUGAGGGUAUGAAGUUCCUUCUCCAGAGCUGGAAAUAGAGCAGAGCUCUGUUAUUUCUUCAUGACCCAAAGGCCAAUGAGACAGCUCCAGGAAUUUUUUUUUUUUUUUAAGAACAUAAGCAUUGCUGAAGUAGUAAAACAAAUAAGGUUCAGUGCUUCUUUUCAGUAAAACUUACAUCCUCUCAAGUUUUCGCCCUCAUGAAAAAGCCCUAGAGGAAGACAGGAAGAAGCAAAUAUUUUUCCAGUUCUACUUAACUGUUUCUAAACAAAAAUAAACUUGAUGAAAGGGAAAUUAUUUCUUUUUAGCUGAGAUGACAUUGUUUUUCUGUAUUAAAUAGUCUAGAAGUUAAGGGGUGGUCAUAUUUACCAAUGUAUAGUGUUAUGAGCAGUUAAAUUUUAUGGAUAUAUUUGUAAAACUGUUCUUUUAUAUUUCAUGUCAAAUUGAAAAGUUUAUUUCUUCACUAUUGUACCUGUGGAAAUACAAGCCAUUUUACAGGAAAAAAAAUCUUCAAAAAUUAUUAAAUGGAUCUCAGUAU